AUGUCAUCUUCCAACAUUAACAACAAUAACAAUAACGCAUUAUCGCUUCUGCGAAAUAAAUCAAAGAAGCAUUCGUUCCAAAGUGAUAUUGCAUACAUGAUGGAAGCUCUUGGAUUUGAUAUUGCCCUUCCUGAGACUCUUGACACCUUGGAAGAUAUCCUCAUCACGUAUAUUGUUGAUUUGUACAAUGAGGCUCUCCGGUCAUCGGAAAUUCAUGGACGAACUAAGGUGAAGUUCGAUGAUAUCAAAUUUGCAGUACGGAAGGAUAAAGGAAAACUUCAUAGAAUGGAUGAGAUCCUGAGAAAUAUUAAGAUCAUCAACCAAAACAAGAAGGCUUUUGAUUCGAAGAAUAAACAAGUCAAGGAUCUAAAAGUGUUCGAAGACAGUGAUGGUGAUGUUAAUGGGAUCAGAGGAGUGAACGGAGAAAAGAAAAAGGGUGGUAAAAAUAGUAGCAGAAAAGGGUUAAAGUAUAAGAAGAGAAAGAAGGAAGAGGUGACGGAUGCCAAUGGAGAACCAAGAAAGAAGAGAAAGUACGUGAAGAAAGCACAGCGAGAGAAAGAAGCCAGAGAAAAAUUGGAAGCAGAACAAAGAGAACGGGAAUUAGCACAAAAAAAGCAGCAAGGAAUUGCAGAUGAUGAAGAAGACAAUUAUUACAGCGAUUGA